UAAUGUGAUACAUUAGGUAAAUAUUUUAGAGGAAUGAUUAUUUCUUAUGCAAUUAAACGAGCCUAUUGCAUAAUUCUUACCGUCGAUAAGAGUGUGAAAUGGUUUGGUCCAUACUGAACCAUAUCGUACCAAACCCCUACAAAAACAUAUAUUGCUUGGUCCAAUGAAUUUUAUGAAAACUGAAAAGAUUGAUCAAAUUGACACUUUAAACAUAUCAAACGGGAUCGAAUGCAAUGUUGUUUCGAUACUUGGUUCGAAGAUGUCUUUUGUUAUUGGACCAAAAUUCUCAUGAAUUUGAUUCGGUUCGGACUGUUGCACAUCCUAACCGCCGCAAAGCGCGGGCCAGAAAACUAGUUGUUUUUCUAAAUUUUGGAAGAUAAAGUUUUUUUACACUAAGUAGGCCAAAACUUUCCUAGAUUCAAUUUGGCCUCCCACACACAUGAAAAGUCCCCUCAAAUUUAAUUUUAAUCCAAACCGGUGGAGUGAACGUUUUCCUCCGAAUCCAAUUUUGCCUCUCAUUCCCACCACUCACGAAACAAGCAUUUUCCCCUCUUCUCCCAAAAGUCAAAGAUCCAAAACCCUCCAUCGAUAAACAUAGUCCUAAUAUAGAAAUCCAUAAAUUAGUACAGUAAUUAGGAUGGGCAUCGGUCUGGUCCUGAGCAAAUCGGAACAAACUUAAGAGAAUCGCGAUUCAAAAGUGCAAGAUAUCUCAAGACCAAGGACCAGACCAAUAGUACAUUCGGUCUGCUAUGGUCCACUUUGGUUUGGUCCAAAUAUCAAUUUGAUCCAUUUUUAUUCAGCAUUUAUAAAAUUCAAUGGACCAAGGAUCGAAUCAUAUUAUAUUUGAUUUGUUGUUAUCCGAUUCUAACAUCGAUUUGUUCCAGGGUGGUCCUGUAUGGACCAACCUAUUGCCCACCCUAACAAUAAUAAAAUGAUUAUGUAAAUAAAUAAUCUAAAAAAGGAUAAAUAGUUUAAUAUAUUUGAUUAGUUUCCCUAUUUUUAUGAGUACCUAUGAAGUAGAAGUAAAUUUGAUGAAAAAUUCAAAAACUAAGGGGUAAAUGCCACAUUUGGUCACUGAUAUUACUAAAUCAUGUAAUGUUUAGUCACUAGAAAAAAUUAAUAUCAAUGUUGGUCACUCGAAUACUCCGUAAUCUGACCUACCCGUAACUGAAACAAUUUAUAAUCCGAUUAACUUGCUUGAUGCGUAACCCGAUUGAUCGUAGUCCGAUAAACCCACAAUCCGAUAGAAUCAAAUUUGAUUAACUUUCAACUCAAUUGACACACAACCCGAUUCAACACGACUCGAACCGCACCAUUGACGACAUAUACUGAUAAGUAUAGGUGUCAAAACAUAGCUCGACCCAAUUAACCCGCCUGAUCAACCCGACCCGCAACCCGAUCACAAUCUGAAUUGACUAAAAGUCAACAACCCGCCUGACCCGCAACCCGAUUGACCUGCAAUGCGACUAACCCACAACCUGAUUAACCCGAACCCGAUUGACCCGAACCCGACUAACCCGUAACUCGCCCGACUCAACCCGAACUUCACCUAAUCCACUUGAAUAAUUAUUAUAAUAUACAAUACAUAGUUUUUCAAAAUAAAGUUUUUCAUUCUAAACUUAGGUAAAUUAUUUUUUCAUUUCGUAUAGGGAAUUUAAAAAAUAUGAAACUUACUUGAUACUAUGUAUUUUAAGAAAAUUACAAAAAUUGAAACAUGAAGGUCACUUGAACACUAAGUUUUUUAACAAAAUUUAAAAAGUAAAUAUAAAAUAUAAAAUCAACAUAAUGUCAAUAUUAAUAAUGAAGAAUUAAUAAUUGAGAUCAUGGACAAUAUUAAUAUAAUAUAUAAAUUAAAAUAUUGGUUAAUUUACCUAUUCAAUAAAAUUAUAAAUUAAAUAUAAAUAAAAUAAAGUAAUGUAUUUGGUAAUUUUAUCUUUUUAAAAGAAGAGGGAAAUUUUGGUGUAUUCAACUUUUUGGGAAGAGAAAGAAGAGGGAAGUUUGGUUCUUUGAAUUUUUUAGAAAAGAAACAAGUGAGAAUUUUGGUGGUUUCUAUUUGUGGGAAGAAAAAGAAGUGGGAAAAUUUGGUUCUUUUGAUUAUGAAAGAGAAAUAAGGAGGGAAAUUUUGAGUUUUCAACUUUUUGUGGAAGUCAGGAAGGAAGAGAGAAAUUUGGUUCUUUCAAUUUUAUGGAAAAGAAAGAGGAGGAAAAAUUGAGUGUUUCUAAUUUAUGGAAGGAGAAAGAAUGAGGGAAAUUUUAGUUUUUUUUUAAAAGAAAAAAUGAAACAAAUUUGGUGUUUUCAACUUUUUUUAUUUUUCAAAAUUUUAGCCUUUGAAAUAUGAAUCGUUAAUUUUUAUAUGGAGGUCAUGCUACUUAAAUGUAUUCUUAUAUGCUUUGAAUGCAUAUAUAUAUAUAUAUAUAUAUAUAUAUAAUUGUUUAUGGAUUAAUAAGUAAAUUAAUCAUUAGUUACAAUAAUUAUACUAAACUUGAUAAGUAAUCUUUGACGGUUCGUUGUUUAGGGUAUAAAGUAUAUGGUUAGAGUAUAGGGUAUAAGGUACAGAUGGUUUAGGGUGUAUAUGGUUAGAGUAUAAGAUAUUGAUGGUUUUGACGGUUCUAAGUUUAUUAUUAACAUAUGUUCACUUGAAGUCAUUUGAAGUCUUUAACGGCAGGAGAUCCCUUUUUAAUUUAUGUUUGUGGUACGUGGUUAGGGUACAAGGUAUAUGGUGUAGAGUAUAUGAUAUAUGGUUAGGGUAUAGCAAUUAGCAAAUAUCACUUUUUAUCUAUAUUUUAAAAAUCAAAGUAUGAAUUUCAAUUUUAAAUUAACUAUACUAGCAAAAUCACAACUCUUAAGGACAUAUGGUUAGGGUAUAGGGUAUGUGGUUAAUGUAUAAUGUAUUGAUGGUUUAGGGUAUACAAUCAACAACAUAUACUAACUUAAUAUUGACGAUUGAGGGUAAGGCUAAGUGUAUAUGAUAUAUGUUAUUGAGUAAGUUAUGAUUAAAGUCACAAUAAUUUUACUAAAUUUGAUAGUUAAUCUUUAAUGGUUCAAUUUUUAGGAUAAUUCGAACAAUUUUACAAAUAACACGUUUGGCAACAGUUUACUGAAGUUAUUUGGGCAAUGAUACUAAAUGAGAUACUGUAAUCCAAUUACAGUACUGAAAUAAUACUAAAAUAUCAAAUAAACAAUUAAUGGUGUCUUUUGUUUGCAAAUGUUGAUAUCACCAUUACUAGAGAAAUUUUACAAUGCUAUAUAGUAUUGGUGCUAUAGGAUUUUGCCUUUAUGGUACAACUUAAAAUUGUACAUUUACGUUAUGGUACAACUUUAGAUUGUACCUAUACUUUUUGUACAAAUUCUUUUAUGGUACAACUUGAACUUGUACCUUUAUAUGAUGGUACAACUUCAAGUUGUAAAGUUGUACCAUAACAUAAUGGUACAAAUUGUUUUAUGGUACAACCUAAACUUAUACAUUUAAUAUUAUGGUACAACUUUAAGUUGUACAUUAAAGCACCAAUACUAUAUAGCAUAGUAGAAGUGCUCACAUUACUAUUAGCUAGUGUACUUUACCAAUUAUGAUUAAUUACAUAACAAGUUUGCAAGUCAUACAAAUUUAUUUAACAUUUUGACUUGUUUUUUUCUAAAAAUUUAAGUAUAUAUAUACGAGGUAGAAAUAAAUUGGUUAAAAAUUUGAGAAAGAUAUUUUAAAUUAGUGUAAUAAAAUGUGUAAGUUGGUAACGAGUAAUGAGUAAGUUACUCGAUGCGCUGACCCGAACAACCCAAAACCCGAUCCGCUCGCAACCCGCCCGACCCAAAAUCCGAUGAACUAGCAACUCGAUUUGCCUGCAACCCGUUUGAACCCGAACCCGAUAAUCCAAACCCGAAUAAUCCGCAACCCGAAUAACCCGAACCCGCUCGAUUGACACGUAUACUGAUAAGUAAUAACUACCCUUGUUGGCUGUGGCCCCGUGGCUUGGGCAGUAUAAUUGUGACUGGAUUGGAGAGAUGGACAAGGACCCUUAUCCCGAAGAGAGAAAACCCUAUAGAAGUCUGCCAAGUCAGCAACAAGGAUCUCUAGUGUAUCCAUUACUGGCAUUCUAAACGCCACAAGUUGCUCACCGCAAUCUGCCCUCCCUCGUUUAUAUUCGCCCAAAAAUUUCCACCCACCCACCUGCCAUCUGCUAAUCACAGAAUCGAAACGCUAUCAGGCAAUCACAGAUCUAAGGCUCGCCUCUAAUAACUGCAAAGAUGGCCGCCGCCAUGAUGUCCGCUACUCUCCCGCAGUUCAGCGGGCUCAGAACCCAGACCUCACUCUCCCCCGUCAACAAAUCCCUGGCAGCUGUUGUGCCGAUGAGACGCGGCAGGGGAAAUGGAGCAUUGGGUGCUCGUAUGGACUUUAUUGGCUCUCCCACUAACUUGAUAAUGGUGACGGCGACGAGCUUGAUGCUGUUUGCUGGGAGAUUUGGGCUGGCACCGUCGGCAAACAGGAAGGCGACGGCAGGGCUGAAGCUGGAGGCGAGGGACUCCGGGCUACAAACAGGGGACCCAGCUGGGUUCACGCUCGCCGACACCUUGGCUUGCGGUACCGUCGGCCACAUCAUUGGCGUUGGAGUUGUUCUUGGCCUCAAGAACAUUGGAGCUCUGUAAAAGAGAAGAAAUUGUUAAUUGUCAACGACAUUGUCUACCAAUUCCAGUAAUUUCGUUCACCCAUGUUUCUUGGCUAGCUGUACAUGAUCGUAAUGCGUAUUAUUCCUUUCGAUCGCGGAAUACGUUUCGAAUUGUCUUGCGGAGUUGCGUGUAAUGGAACCGUUAACCCAAUCGUUUACUGAGAGGAGAUGCUUGAUCGCGCGUAUCUUCGUGUUAUAAGGUUUGCUGGAUUAAGAGAGCUUAUGAGGUUCACUCAACGAGGUAAGAAUCAAGCCAGCUCUCUCGAGCCUAACUAGUUGAGCUUGUCUAACAACAUCUUCGGGAUUAGGGUUUUCGAGGAUGUAAGUUGCUUUCUCCAUUCUUCUCAUUCAUCACAUAGUGUGGUGCUACGGUCAGCGGCGGAUCCCGGACAUAGUAGAGCACUGGGCCGCAUUUUAUUAUAAAACUAGAUAUCGUAAAAAAUCAUGAGUUUUUUACUAUAUCAAUUGUACAUGUCGAUCUUUUAAUGUAGCGAAUUCAUCAAUAAUGGAGUCUACAUCCAUACAAAUAGCAUACUACUCUCUUUCAAAUAAAAUAGUUAACCAAUU